AUGUCCUCCACCAAAGACCAAUGGAGUGUUGCGGCAUACUCAGCCUCUGCAUCGUUCGUCCCCAAGCUCACCCAGAAGCUUCUCAGCUACCUGGCCCCGCAGCCUACGGACAAGAUUCUCGAUGUGGGUUGUGGUGAUGGCAAGUUCACGGCUAGUUUUCUGCCUGUAGUUGGAUCCGUCCUGGGAAUUGACGCUUCUCCUGCUAUGAUUGAGUCUGCGAAGAAGGACUAUAAUGACCCCAAGGCGGAGUGGCGUGUCGUGGACUGCCGGUAUUUGGAUAAGGAGGGGACAAUUGUGAACGGGUCGUGGGAUAAAGUUAUAUCUAAUGCUGCUCUGCACUGGAUUCUACGUGACAGUCCCACGCGCAUGAAUACUUUUCGCGCCAUACAUGAUAGUCUCAAACCUGGUGGAGCUUUCGUGUUCGAAAUGGGUGGCCACGGGAAUGUCCCCGAGGUCAUGACGGCGCUCAUAUACACGCUCGUGCAACACGGUGUCCCUGCUGAAAAGGCGAAGGCAGCGAAUCCGUGGUUCUUUCCGUCUGAAGCAUGGAUGAGGGAUGCUCUCGAGAGCAUUGGCUUCCAGGUUGACGAAAUGGAGAUCGAAUAUCGGCCGACAAAACUCACUUCUGAAGCCAAUGGCGGAUUGGCAGGCUGGAUCAAACUGAUGGGUGCGUCGUUCUUGGAUGUUCUUCCGGAAGAAAAGCAGGAUGUCGCUGUGCGGCAGAUUUGUGAAAUACUUGAACCCGUAGUCACGCGAGAGGAAGACGGGAGCCAAUGGUUAGGUUAUGUGCGCUUGAGGGGUAUUGCUACGAAGAUAUGA